CCUCGCACGCUCUGCUUUUGCUUUUGCCGGCGUCGGAUCUCGCCGAAGUCUCCUCCUCCGUAUUUUCCCUGUACUGUAAGUCUCACGAUAAUAGCUGAAUUUGGGGGGUUUCUGGUAGAGAGUCUCCGAGAUGAAUCCGGCGAAUUUCCACCCCACAAAUCCUCCGUUCCAAUGGGCUCCGAUGUUACCUCCGGACCCGCCUCGUUGUGGUGUGUUUUGGAAUACAAAGAACAUAACCGAUCAGCUUAAACAACUCCAAGAUACGCUUAACCUGGCUAAAUCAAUGGAGAAGGAACUAGAAGCGUUGAGGGUGAUCAAAGAUACGAAAGGUUCAAUGGAAGUUGUAGAACAAGGUUCAGGAGUAGAGUGUUUGAGAUAUCUAGAGGCUAUGAAGAUGAAUUUGGGACAGCAAGAGAUACUUUCAGUGGAAGCUGCUAACUCUUUGAUGUCUACUUUAAGAGCACAGCUUGAGCCUUUUAGAUUUGUUGUUGAUGAGAAUACUCCAUGGGNAAAAGAAUCUUAA